UUGGUAGGACAUCCUUUAUCCACCCUCCCUUUCCCGGCAGGAGGAGUGCUUCUCUUUGGAUUAUCCUCUUUGUACCGCGCACAUCCCCGCCCGCUCCCGUGACGCAGCGCAUCUCUUUGCGCACAGAUGCUGAAGUCGAAGCGACAGGCGCGCACAUCUCUGUGGGAGUGAACGCAUCGAAGACUACGGUGGAGGGAAGAUCAGCCGGUUUGCGUCCGAGAGAGAGUCACGGACCGCGGGGUAGGAUGCUCAGAACGAGUCGCUACGUGGGCAGCAGUACUUGAAGAGCUGCGAUCCAUCCACUGGAGCGCACAUCCACUGGAUUGAUCUCGAAUCUCUUCCUCCGGUUUGUUGAGAAACACGAGUCCUUGCAGUGAUCGUCCAGUUUUAGUAUAGGCGCAAUUUGAGGGUAGAUUGGGCUUUGCUUUGGACACGAUGUGGAAGCCCGGGACACUGCUGCUGCUAUCGGUACUAUGGGCGUCCGGCGAACUCCAGCAGGAGACGGAACCGCGGAGGCUACCACCUCCGGGAAAGUUGCAUUUUGGCUAUGUGCCUGCGGGAGUUUACGAGACCCUGGCCCAUUACGAACCCGGUCCCAUAGGAAUCCUGUUCCACUUGGUGCACGCUUUCCUGCAUGUGGUGCAACCCAACGCUUUUCCCCACGAUCUUAUUGUCAAACUGGCAAAGGACAAGUUUGGAGCCAUUCAAACAGAAUAUCAAAAGCCAGAGAAUAUAGUGCUGACCCUGCAGGCCAUCUACUAUGAGAUAGGCUUCCUCAUAUGUGCAGCAGUGGGCCUGCUGUUUGCCAUUCUCGUGCCAAUUGUGGGGCUCUUGUUCUGCAUGUGCCGCUGCUGCGACAACUGUGGUGGUGAGAUGCACCAACGCCAGAGGAAGAACGCGGACUGCCGGCGUGGGCUGCUGGGAACAUUGCUGUUCUCCACCUCGUUGGUCAUCACGAUUGGAGUUCUGUGUGCAUAUGCAGCCAACCAGAACCUGAGCUCCCAGGUGAAGAACAUACGGCGCCUGGUCAACAGCAACAUGAGGGACCUUCACACCUUUGCUAAUGACACACCAAUGCAAAUUGAUUACCUAAUAUCCCAAUACGCCACUGCCAAGAACAAAGUCAUCUAUGACCUAGAUAACAUAGGUCCAUUACUGGGUGGAAGGAUACAUGAACAGCUGAAUAAGGAGGUUCAUCCUGCUUUAAACCAAGUGCUCAAUAUGGCUGGAGUGAAAAUCCACAGAGCCAUCAAAGCCAUGAGAGAAACUAAAGAAGCCCUGGAGAACGUCAGUGUGUCUCUGGUGGUCUUGCAAGAAGGAGAAGGGAGGCUUCAUUUCAACCUGAGCCGCGUCCGCGGCAGCAUCAACCACACCCUCGAGGACCCUGGCUGUCACGAUGAAGAAUCAGACGCCACCACGGCCCAGCUUUGCCGCAGCAUCCGCCAGUCCCUGUCCCAGCUGCAGAUUAGUGCAAAUUUUACCCGGCUUCCUGAUGUGAAACCUCAGCUGGAAAAGAUGAAAAAUGUUGUGAAAACAGAUCUCAGCUCUGUUGUUCACAGGGGCUUCUCCUCUUUGAAUGACACGCCACACAUGGUGAUUGAACAGACCAGAAGUGUUGUCAACAACGUACAGAAUUUGGUGGACAGCGUGGGCAGCAACAUCAGCAGCUUCUCUAAAGCUUUCCCAGUGCAGACAUGCCUGUCAAACUUCACCAUCUUCAUCAGCCAUGCACAUGCAAAAAUUGAAGACCACUAUCCUGAAAUUGAUCAAAUGGACUUCUACAGAUGGAUCGGCUGUAUUGCUCUGUGCUGCAUGGUGGUUCUGGUCUUGGCCUUUAACUAUCUGGGCCUUCUGUGCGGCACCCUGGGAUAUGACAAGCAUGCCUCACCUACAACUCGAGGAUGUGUCUCCAAUACAGGAGGAACACUGCUCUUGGCCGGUGUUGGAUUUAGCUUCAUUUUCUCCUGGGUGCUCAUGGGGCUGUUGACCGCCAUCUUUUUGGCAGGAGGAAACAUGGAGAAACUUCUCUGUGAGCCAUUCCACACCAAAGAGCUCUUAAAGUUGGUGGACACCCCAUACCUGAUCAACCCAGAGUGGAAGAAUUUCAUCCCCGGCUACAUGUACAAUGACUCCGAACUGGAGCUGACGGCAGAAAGUUUAUACAGUACUUGCAAACAGAACAAAGGCAUCUACUCUGCUCUGCGUCUGGACAAAGUCUUCAACAUCUCCUCGUUCUUGAACACUACUGUGUUCACUAAGGAUGUGGUGCGCCAGCUGGAGAGCUUUCGGAUCGACCUGAGAGGGAUAAUCUUGUUAGAGGCAGAGGGGAAGCAGAACCUCCGAGAUUUCUCUGAAGCAGGCCUGUCAGAGAUCAACUACGCUGACUACCUCGACGAGGUGAAUAAGGGUGUUACAGUGGUGGACGUUCUCUCAUUUGCCAAAGAACUAGAGUCCCAGACAGACCUGAUGCCCAGAGGACCUCUACAGACAGCACUGAAAGGCCAUGUGGCCACUCUACAGCGGAUCCACAGACAACAGAUCGCUCCAAUGGAGCAAGCCAUGAAAUAUGUUAGAGCAAGGAGUGCAUUGAACCAGAGUAUGAGACUCCUGGAGAGGACAGCGUCGGACCUCCCGAACAAAGUUAUAGAUGUUCUUGAGGCCAUUGAAGCUGCUCAGCGCCUCAUUUCUCACAAUGCAACACUUUUAAUCAAUAAGGAAACAAGAAAAUAUUCAGCAACCAUUAUUGGCUACUUUAAUCAGUACAUAGAAUGGGUCAAAACAUCAUUGGCUUUGGAGGUUGCACCAUGCAAGCCCUUCAGCAACAUCUUGGAUACGGCGCAGAUCAUCACCUGUAGAUUCUUGGUGGAUUCUAUGAACACUUUCUGGAUGGGUCUGGGCUGCAGUACGCUAUUUUUACUCCCAAGCGUAAUACUUGCAGUGAAACUAGCCAAGUACUACCGCAGGAUGGACACAGAGGAUGUUUAUGAUGACGUUGAGACAAUUCCCAUGAAAAAUGUCAGCCACAGUCCGAUGAAUGUACACCUGAUCAUUUUGUUCAGAGAGAGGCAAGCAUGUUAAGCUUUAGUGUGUCACUGGAUAUGUUGCUACUUUUGAUUUUCUUUUCGGAAUUUAACCAAAUGCUUAACUGCAUGUUUUAUAAUUUUAAGUUGCUUUUGGACGGAGAUGAGUUUGAACAAACCAACCUGGUUUAACACAAGAUAAACGUAGAGAGUAAAACAUCUAAAUGAAGGGCCAGUCUUGUAACUGUUUUAUCUUUAAUAUGAGUGUCAUUCCAAGAACAUCUGUGUUCAGUUUGCACUAACAAGAGUAAUACAAUGUUUCAUUAGAACUCAACUUUCCAUUUAAGUUUGAAAAUGUUAUAUCAUAAACACUGGUUAAAGUUGCAUCAAGCUUUUGGAAUGAAACUCGUGCAUCAACAGGGGCAUUCAAUAAUUUAAAACCUGUUCAACUAUUCUGAUUGACUGCACAGUAAAAUGCUCAGACGAUGUUUAGGAGACUGUUUUCCUCUCUGUUUAAUGAACUCCUCACCGUUUUCCUCUUUGCCACCGAAGGAAGAGAAUGAAGAAACAGUCCUAAAAAUGUUGAGUGUGUCUGGUAACGUUUUUCCCUGUGUGUGCGUGUGUUUUUUCCUGUGAUGCUAGCGUCCCUACCUAUGAUACAAUGAACAGGUUCCCACGGGCCUCGGCUCCUCCGAGGCACAUCGAUUGGUGAUAGAGUCAGCUCUAGUUUGGCUCCUGAAAGUGCCCUUGACGACUGGAACUAAAUAACUUCAUGCCCACUGGAGGAAUCUCAACAAAAUCUGGGUUCUUCACUCCAAAAGAAAAUCACCGAAGUUCCUGCUUGUUCACUGAAACCGUUCCCUGAUGCGGAUCAGAGCCUCCCAUUUAGUUGCUGCCUGCAGGACACUAACCUCCUCACCUCUCGGCAUCAAUCUGAGCCAGGGUUCAUUUACAUUUUUUCCAGGAUUGCUGUGUCUGUGUUUACAUUUGUCUGGACACAAAACUAAGCUGAAAAAACCUCCAGAGGACAUAGCGUUGACUGUUGUGCUUGCUUAUUUUAAUGUACUUUGUCUUGAAGAAAAGAGAAGCUGGUAGCUGACCUUAAGUUCCGGCUGGAGAAAAUCGUUUUUUUCUUCCUACAGUUAAAAAGGGUGUUGCAGUUUCAAUUCAACAAAAUACAUUUUAAUUAAGAUCUGUGUGUUUUGUUGAAAAUAAUGCAUCCUUUUUUAACUGAAGCAUGAGUGAGGUGAUGGAUGUGUGACAUUCUAACUAGUGAGAAAUGGCUUGUUUGAACAAAGUGGUGUAAACACUUGUGGAGACAUUUUGUAAGAAAAUGAAGAAUGACUUUUUAAACUGUUUACAAUAUUUCCGGAAAUGUUGGUUUUGCUGGUUUUAGAUGGCUGUGGGUCGAUUUGCCCCUUUGGCAGUUCAUGAACCUAUUCAACACGUUGCCAUUUCAUCCCCAUCUAAUUCCAUUUCUUACCUGGAAAACAAACUAUUCAUACCCUUUUCCCAAACUGUUCUGUUUGGUCUGCUGGUUUAAGUAUUUUGAUAAAUUAGAGAUAUUCACUACUAGUCAAAAGUUUGGACACGGUUUAUCAUUGAUAAAGUGUGUCCAAACUUUUGACUGGAAGUGCAAAUAACCAUAAAAUUUUGAAAUCUCACUAUUAACUAAAUUUAAAAGUUUUUUAUAUUAUGUUGAUUUUGGUUUUGAUCUCUGUUUGGACCAGUCCCGUUGGAGUCACAUAACCACAUUUCCUUACAGUAGACUAUAAUUAAAAUACACAAAAUUACCUUAACUCAAUGGUUAAACUGGGUAUGAACUGUCCCACAUUGGCUCAAGUUUGGUACAGAACACCCAAUGAAUUUCAUACCCAGCAUGAAAAAGACAAAACUGUAAAAGUAAGAAUUGACAAAGGGCCAAAAUGACCCACAUACAUAUGUGUAACAGUGAAGAAGACUGUUUGCCUUUGAGAUGUUUUACCAUGUGUUACAGGUAGACUUUUAAAAAAACACAUUUUACAUUGUUAAAUAUAAACAAUCUAGAAAUGAUUUGUCAUUAAACAUUUAACGCUACGCUUCUAUUGUACAAUUUGAACCUGUCAGGUGUUAACAUUCAGCAUUUACCUAAAGUUCCCCCUCUUAAAGUUGUUUAACAACAGAUUCUUCUAUUUGGAGUUUUAAAUAUUAAAUCUAAAAAUUAUCUGAAAAUGAUGAAUAUUGGUUCAGACCAAAUACAAAUUCUGGAGUCAAGAAACACCUUUGACCUUUAAACUUCCUUUGUCUCGGUAACAGAGUAAAGUCAUACCCACACUGUACCAAGGACAAAACACCAAAUAACAAAUCCAUACCAAAUUCAUAGCAGCUGUGCUUCGGUUGAAUUUUCUAUUUAAUUAAUACAAAAACGUUGGAGCAUAAUGGUAAAAGAAGUCUGACUCUAUUUCCUCGAUGUACCACAUGCUUUCAUUUUCAGCGCUUUCCUGCUUUGAUAGUAGUCAUAUAUUUGUAGUGGAAAGUUAAUUCUCAAGCCAAAUCCCAUUUUCUUUAGAUGAGCUUUCUGGUGCAUGCUUUUUUUUUUAAAACAAUACUUAUGAAUACAUGGAAUGGGUGAAUGUGUUCAUUUGUUGAUUAUUGCUAUAUAUAGAGGUUGAGUGAGAAACAUGCUGAAAUUGCUACUUCAGGCAGGCCAAUCAACAAACCAUAUAUCUCAGAUCUAUAUACCUAUUCCAUCUCCAGUGAGAACUUAGACAAUCCAUCUUAUGGGACAAAUGAGUACUGUCAAUCAGAUUGUUGAAUCGAAGCAUUUUUCACAGUUUACACAGAUUUGGAUAAUUCGCAUUGUAAAAGAAAACAACGUCUACCUUAGCAAUCAAAGUCUGGAUUCUGUUUGUCAUUGUAAAUGCACAAUUACUAAAUAAAUUUACCAGAUUUUAGAAGAUCAAACAAAUACAAACAAUAUCAAAAAUCUGUUUUUAUGUGAAUCAAAUAUAAAAUAUUAAAACUGUGACAGUAAAAACCCAUUUGCCGCCCAGUAGCAAGAAAGCUAGUCUAAAUUUUAUAUUUUAGCCAUAAUUCUUUAUCCUAGUGUUGUUGGUUUUCUUCUAACAAAUCCAUUUUACUAUCCAAGCUUGGUAUUAUUUUUAAAGAGACAUUCCAUAGAAUUGAAGCAAAAUAAAGAAUAAUCAGCCACAAACAGAAAGUCAGUUAGCAAGUUUCUACAGAGUACUAACUAAUUUCUAUUUGUUUUAUUUUGUUAUUUUACACAUUUAACAGCUUUUAUUUAGGUUACAGUGACAAAGAUUAAAAGCUAACCUAAUUUAUAAUCCUUAAAAAACAAUAUUUAGAUUUUUGUGCGCAUUUGGCUUCUAUAAAGCCUAUAACUAUAAAGCCUAUAACUAUGACUUGCAGUAGUUACUGAAAAGAGUGGCCAACAGUUUACAAGUUAUGUUCAUAUUCUUUAAUUUUAUACACUCUUUGCAUUAAUAUUUGUCCAAAGGAAAUACUGACUUCCACGAUAAGAUGUCCCCGCUGUGCUUUUUAUUAAGGUAAUCUUAUUGGCUCUGUCUCUUCCCAGCUCUUAUUGUUUUCUUGUUUCAUCUACAAACAUAGUCCUUCUUAAGGUGGACAUAUUUUAGAUGAUCGGCGUGCUCAACUUGACUAUCACAGUUUUCUUCCUUGUUAGAGUCUGGUAAAGCAUCUAUGGGGACAAAUUCACAACUUAAGUGCUUAAACUACUUAUCAUAUGUAAUCACUUUAUAUUGUUCAGAUGAAUGGGUUGCUGCUUUGAAAUGUGAAGCUCCACAGUUGGGCGAUGAUGGAACCUGGAAGAUGUUUUUUAUGUGACUAUGAAAAAAAGUGUAUAAAUUGUGAAUAAACUCUCCAGUUCAAGUUA